AAUAAACCCCACUACUUUUAUCUACUCACUCAUAUCUCUCAAAACUCCCAAAUCACAACGCACAAGAAGAUAAGAGUUGAGUUUCAUAUCCAUCCUCUCCCUCUUCAUUUUCUCUGGUCUCUGGUCUACACCUCGUCUACACGCUCUUUAUUUUCUCUGGAAAUGGCGCAAACUCUGGCAAUACCAGUUGCAUCAUCGCUUUCUCUCAUCUGCAACACUUUAUCCUCUCUUUCUAUUUCCCCCUCUUCUCUCUCUUUCCCCACUCUCAACCCUUCAAAGGUGGGUGAUCUUAGUAUAAAAUGUGUGCGUGUUGGAAAUGUUGAAAUCCCAAAUAACAAAAGGGUGGAAUUCUCUCUUCAAUACAUUCAUGGAAUUGGGCGUUCUAGAGCUCGUCAAAUUCUUUGUGAUUUGAGUUUGGAGAAUAAAAUUACAAAGGAACUAAAUGAUGAUGAACUCAUGCAGCUUAGAGAUGAAGUCUCCAAGUAUAUGAUUGAGGGAGACCUGAGGCGAUUCAAUGCUUUAGCAAUUAGGAGAUUGAAGGAGAUACAAUGCUACAGAGGAGUGAGGCACAUUCAGGGGUUACCAUGCCGUGGACAAAGAACCAAGAACAACUGCAGGACUUUGAAAGGUAAAAGAGUGGCAAUUGCCGGGAAAAAGAAGGCCCCUGGUCCCAAAUAGUUGAACUGAGUUUGGGUUGUUUUCCCUUCCGUUACAGGGUGCUAUAAAGCAGUCAGUUUUUCUGUUUGUAGUAACUCAGAAUGUAUUCCAUGUAAUUUUGUAAUAGUGAGAUAUCUAACAAUUCGAAUUCUGUUACAACCUGUAUUUCAUUUACUAAAUACUUCAUAUGUUUAUGUACGAGUUCACCUGAUAUGAGAUGCUGCUGAUUCGAAGC